AGAUGUGCUGAAGAGAGCUAUCCAGGGCAUAGAAAUAUUGCCAGCACUCAGAAAGCCAUGUCUUUUGAGUACUGUUUGAACUAGACAGUCAGAAGAGCUAGUGUUACUGUUUCUGCCAGGUUAACCAUUGGUGCUCCAUUUCACUAGUUCAGACUCGGGGAAUAUUUCAAUUCUGAUAAAUACAAGAUGUGCUUUUUCUUCCAUUGUUGCUUUUCUGUCACAACAAAAUUACGUUCUGUUUCAUUGCCCAGCAUGGUGCAAGGUAACAGCUAAGAGAUUCCAAUCCUACGUGUCAGAGGAAUGACCAGUUAGAUACAGGGUGCAAGACGUUAGGAAAGGGAGAGGUCCUUGAAAGAUGGGAGAAGCUGAUUUUGGCAGAGGCUUACUACACUGAAGUUCAGUAUUUCAAUACCUUUGUUCUUCAGGACUUUCCUAUUAGAAGUCAUAAAUCUUUCCAUUUUUAAUCCACCCUGUGUUACAGAUCUGUACUGCUGCAGAAGGACUGACUUGGAAGGAAGAUGCUGAUGACAAGCUCAGUGGGAUUUAUUCUGUUCUUGCUCUUUCAAUGCACUUUGUCAGUAAGCACCACAGAGGCAGUGGUCUUGGCUAAUGCCCACCUUCUUCCCCAAAGAGGCUAUGAGAGACUGGGUAACAGCAAUGAAAAAGACUAUCCAAGGGAUUGUUUUGAGAUUUUUCAGCACUCCAAAGGAAAUUCCAGAGAUGGUCUUUACAUCAUCCAGCCAAAGGAGGACCCAAUUGUAGUCUCGUGUAACAUGCAAGAUGGUGGUUGGACAGUAAUCCAGCACAUUACAGCCAAUAGUACUGUCGACUUUGACAGGACCUGGCAGGAUUACAAAUAUGGAUUUGGUUCCGUUCAUGACAACCACUGGUUAGGAAAUGAAUAUAUGCAUCAGUUAACAAGCAGUUCCGUGCAAUAUAUACUUGGAGUUAAACUUGUAAACAUAAAUGCUGAAAUCAAAUGGGGACAGUAUGAACCAUUCCUUAUUGAAGAUGAAGAGUCUCAAUACCGAAUCAGGGUUGGUCUAUACCAAGGCAAUGCCACUGAUGCUCUAAGCUUGGACACAGAAGCUUAUCUUCAUGACAACCAGAAAUUCACCACCAAAGACAGAGACAAUGACAAUUACUUUCAGAAUUGUGCUAAACUGGAACACAAUGGCAUUCCUGGUGGAGGCUGGUGGUAUGAUGCAUGCGCUGGAGCAAAUCUAAACCGUAGGAAUGUGAUCUACUGGCAAAAAGACUGCAACAAGCAACGCAUGUGCAAGUUUGCCUGGAUGAUGAUCAAACCCGUUGAGUAUAGCCUGUCAUAUCCAACCAAGUCCUGUCUGUGUCAGAAAGUUGAACUGUAGAUAAGCCAUGUGUACUUUGAAAGGACCAUGGAUUCUCUCUCCAGUAACUGAAGUGAACUCACACUGACUGAAUGAUCACAUUAAGCAACCAUGAUUAAUUUGGACCUUAGCAAGGGCUUUAUGACAGCAUAUUAUCCAGGACUAGACCAGGACAUAGACAUCAUCCAACCACACAAGAAGUCACUGUCAGAAACUGAGGCCUCUACUAGAAGAUUUAAAUAUUUAAUUUUAUAGUAUUUUAGCCAUAAGAGGAGUCACAUAUGAAAUCCAAGACCUGAUGUCUUGUACAAGAUAUACAUGAACAUACAUGCAUUUCAGAAGUUUUGCUCCAGUAUGAAUGUUGAUCUCUUAUAAUUGUACAUCUUCACAUAUCAUGCAGGAAGGAAAUUUCCAGUGAAGUACCUGCAUUUACAAAACACAUAUUGGAGAGUAUUGUGUACUCUAGGGCAACAUCAGCCCUUUCUUUUUUAUCUUUAGUGAAAGGUAUUUUAAUAUAUAAAACUGGAAUUAGCCUCAUCUCCAGUGGCUUCUUUUCCCCUUCAUUGUCUCUUCUCAGCUUUUAAAUUAUACCAUACACAGUGAAGAUUCAGCAUAGGCUUUUCUUUUCUUCCUUCUUUUUAAAAGACCAGAGCUAAUGGAAUAAUCAGCUUUUCCACUGAAAGCUGCUAAUCCAAAACUUACAAUUCCUCUGAAUUUUUCUUCAAGAAACUCAGUGAACACAUUUUUUAAACGAUCAAAUUGAUUUUGCAAUUGUUUACUCACUGCUCCUUCUUUUUUUUCUGGAUAUUGCUGCACUUUAUUUACCAUGUUUUGACUGUUGCUUCGCCCAUGAUGUGCUUCAGCUUUCUCUUUUUUUCAGUAUCACUGUGAGAAAAUAAAAGCGUUGCCUUUA